AUGGCCAACUUGUUCAACAGCGCGCGAACUGCCCUGCGCGCCGCCGUCAACGGCUCGGCCGCUUCGGUCCGAAAUGCAUCGACACAGGCUGGCGCUAAGGCUUCGCAGUCAUUCAUGGUAUCGCGAUCCUCCGCUAUUGCCGCCACUGCCGUCGCUGCCGGUUCGGUCGCUUGGUACAGACACCUGUACGGUACGCUUCCCUUCUUGGAGACGGCCAGCGCUAACAUGGCCGACGAAGGUCUCCACCCACCCAAGUACCCCUGGUCGCACUCUGGUGUCUUUGAGACCUUUGACCAUGCCUCGAUUCGUCGUGGUUACCAGGUGUACCGUGAGGUUUGCUCCUCCUGCCAUUCGCUCGACCGUAUUGCCUGGCGUAACCUCGUCGGUCAGUCGCAUACUGUCGAUGAGGCCAAGGCUAUGGCUGAGGAGGUUGAGUACGAGGAUGGUCCCGAUGAUGAGGGUGCUAUGUUCCAGCGUCCUGGUAAGCUUGCCGAUUACAUGCCUCGUCCUUACGCCAAUGACGAGGCUGCACGAGCUGCCAACGCUGGUGCUUUGCCUCCUGAUCUCAGCCUGAUGGUAAAGGCUCGUCAUGGUGGUGCAGAUUACAUCUUUGCCCUGCUUACCGGUUACACUGACCCUCCUGCAGGUGUCAAGGUUCAGGAUGGUUUGAACUACAACUCUUACUUCCCUGGUACUCAGAUUGCCAUGGCUCGUGUUCUUUACGAUGGUCUUGUGGAUUACGAGGAUGGUACUCCUGCUACCACUUCCCAGAUGGCAAAGGAUGUUGUUACUUUCCUCCAUUUUUCUGCUGAACCCGAACACGAUACUAGGAAGAAAAUGGGUAUGCAGACUGUCAUCAUUCUCUCCUCUCUCACUGCACUUUCCAUUUGGGUCAAGCGUUUCAAGUGGGCUGGUGUUAAGAGUAGAAAGAUCAUCUACAAUCCUCCUUCAACUCACUGA